AAGGACAUGGUGGGGAUGUUUUGUGGUCGUCGACGUCGGUCAGAACGCGAUUUUCACCAUUUCAAGAGCAUGUCCAGCGUCGAAGCCCAGUUUGUGACCUCGUACGAGUGCCGCCUCCCGAUCGACCUCAGCUUUGGCGAGAUCCAAAACGCCAUCUCGCUCCUCAAGGGCCGGCGCGCGUACCUCCAGGAGCGCCACGGACAGAUCGCGACUGCGUUUGCCGCCGACGACCUCCCGAGUCCCCACAGCGAGAGCAGCACGUCGCCCCCCAAGACCCCGGAAAUGGCGUCGGCGCCGGUCCUCACACUUCCGAAAGACCUCACGGCAGACGUCCCGUCGUCCGACAUUUGCCAAGCCUUUGAGAGCCUGAAGCGGCAACACGCUGCGAUCCACGACAAGCGCCUCCAGCUCUCGCGGAGCCUCGAGGCCGACCACGCCAACGACGACCGCGCCCGGCGGCCCAGCGACGAGUACAACGAGCUCUUCGAGGGCAGUGGCGGCGGCGCCUCCAAUUCGUAG